GCACGAAAAAAUCGGUGUGGUCUUCUCGUUUCAUCAUUCUAUCUAGCACCAGAAAAUCAUGGCAUCGAUAUUGCGGGCCACCAAAUUUGUGCGCUAUUUCGCCGGAUUCGCGCGGAACAUAGAUUUCAACACAGUCCGGGAGACGGAAGGAAGUUUUAUUCAGCAGUCGCAAUGUUCUGUGAGCGGUUAUGCUACAUCUGCCGCUAGUUCCAGUCAGGGACUAGACCGAUCUUUGAAGCGGCUGGAUGAAGAUGUAAAAUCCUCGGGAAGAAUUUCACGCCGAGAUCUGGAAGAUGUUCCGGAGGAAAUCCGUGUGUCCGUAUUAACCGUUCCGCUUCUAGCGCUCAAUCGGCGCGGAAAAUCGAUUCUACGUAACCUGCUGGAGGUGCAAUCAGUUCGCUAGCUCAUUGAACUCAAAAAGAUUGCAAAUGCACGAUGACAUUGUGUAUAUCCGGUUACGCUAUCAGGACCCCCACAGUUCAAAUCUAUGCUAUGAAUUGCUUGGAACCGGAACCUUGGGACGUUCUAUAGGGAAUGCUCAUUGAAAUAUUAAUCAGGAAGAAUCACAACAAAAUAGAGCGUAGGCAAAUUAGUUGGUAACA